AUGGAGCUGGCGGCCUGGUGCCGUUGGGGGCUCCUCUUCGCCCUCCUGCCCCCUGGAACAGCCGGCACCCGAGUGUGCACCGGGACAGACAUGAAGCUGCAGUUCCCUGCCAGCCCCGAGACCCACUUGGACAUGCUUCGCUACCUCUACCAGGGUUGCCAGGUGGUGCAGGGUAACCUGGAGCUUACCUACCUGCCUGCCAAUGCCAGCCUCUCCUUCUUGCAGGAUAUCCAAGAGGUGCAGGGCUAUGUGCUCAUUGCCAACAACCACGUGAGGCAGAUCCCGCUGCACAGGCUGCGAAUCGUAAGAGGCACCCAGAUCUUCCAGGACAAGUUUGCCCUGGCCGUACUGAACAAUGGAGACACCCCAGACCAGACCACUCGGGGGGUUGCUGCAGGAGGGUUGCAGGAGCUGCAGCUUCAAAGCCUCACAGAGAUCCUGAAGGGAGGCGUCAUGAUCCAGCAGAACCCACAGCUUUGCUAUCCAGAGAAGAUUUUGUGGACAGACAUCUUCCAUAAGAAUAACCAAUUGUCUCUGGAGCGGGUAGAUACCAACCGCUCACAGGCCUGCAAGCCCUGUUCUCAAGCCUGUGGUAAUUCUGGCUGCUGGGGAGAAAGUUCCAAGGACUGCCAGAUCUUGACCCGGACCAUUUGCGCUGGUGGCUGUGCCCGCUGCAAGGGCACACAUUCCACUGACUGCUGCCAUGAGCAGUGUGCUGCUGGCUGCACAGGCCCCAAGCACUCUGACUGCCUGGCCUGCCUCCACUUCAACCACAGUGGCAUCUGCGAGCUGCACUGCCCCACCCUGGUCAGCUACAAUACAGACACCUUUGAGUCCAUGCUCAACCCCGAGGGCCGCUACACCUUUGGUGCCAGCUGUGUAGUCACCUGUCCCUACAACUACCUGUCCACGGAUGUGGGCUCCUGCACCCUGGUCUGUCCCCUCAACAAUCAAGAGGUGACAGCCGAAGACGGAACUCAGAAGUGUGAGAAAUGCAGCAAACCUUGUGCAAAAGUGUGCUAUGGCCUGGGUAGGGAACACUUGCGGGACACAAGGGCGGUCACCAGUGCCAAUAUCCACGAGUUUGCCGGCUGCAAGAAGAUCUUUGGGAGCCUAGCAUUUCUGCCUGAGAGCUUUGAGGGGGACCCAGCCUCCAACAUCACUCCCCUACAGCCUGAGCAGCUCAAAGUGUUUGAGACCCUGGAGGAGAUCACAGGUUACCUGUAUAUCUCAGCAUGGCCGGAAAACCUGCCUGACCUCAGUGUCUUCCAGAACCUGCAAGUCAUCCGGGGACGAGUUCUGCAUGAUGGUGCCUACUCCCUGACGCUGCAAGGGCUGGCCAUCAGCUGGCUGGGGCUGCGCUCACUGCGGGAGCUGAGCAGCGGGCUGGCCCUUGUCCACCGCAACCCCCAUCUCUGCUUCAUACACACGGUGCCCUGGGACCAGCUCUUCCGGAACCCUCACCAGGCCCUGCUGCACCAUGCCAAUCGGCCAGAGGAUGAGUGUGUGAGCAAGGGCCUGGCCUGCUACCCGCUGUGCGCCCACGGGCACUGCUGGGGUCCCGGGCCCACCCAGUGCGUCAACUGCAGCCAGUACCUGCGGGGCCAGGAGUGCGUGGAAGAAUGCCGAGUACUGCAGGGGCUCCCCCGGGAGUAUGUGAAAGACAGACACUGCCUGCCGUGCCAUCCCGAAUGCCAGCCCCAGAAUGGCUCGGAAACCUGCUCUGGAUUGGAGGCUGACCAGUGUGUGGCCUGUGCCCACUACAAAGACGGGCCCUUCUGUGUGGCUCGUUGCCCCAGCGGUGUGAAACCUGACCUCUCCUUCAUGCCCAUCUGGAAGUUCCCAGAUGAGGAGGGCACGUGCCAGCCAUGCCCCAUCAACUGCACCCACUCCUGUUCAGACCUGGAUGAGAAGGGCUGCCCCGCCGAGCAGAGAGCCAGCCAUGUGACGUCCAUCAUCACCACUGUGGUGGGCUUGCUGCUCCUUGCGGUCCUGGUGCUGUUCAUGGUCAUCAUGGUCAAGCGGCGCAGGCAGAAGAUCCGGAAGUACACGAUGCGGAGGCUGCUGCAGGAAACGGAGCUGGUGGAGCCGCUGACACCCAGUGGAGCGGUGCCCAACCAGGCUCAGAUGCGGAUCCUGAAAGAGACAGAGCUGAGGAAGGUCAAAGUGCUUGGAUCUGGAGCCUUCGGCACUGUCUACAAGGGUAUCUGGAUACCUGAUGGAGAGAAUGUGAAAAUCCCAGUGGCCAUCAAAGUAUUGAGGGAAAACACAUCCCCUAAAGCCAACAAAGAAAUCUUGGACGAAGCAUACGUGAUGGCUGGUGUGGGCUCCCCAUAUGUGUCUCGCCUCCUGGGCAUCUGCUUGACAUCCACGGUGCAGCUGGUGACACAGCUUAUGCCAUACGGCUGCCUUCUAGACCACGUCCGUGAACAUCGUGGACGCCUAGGCUCCCAGGACCUGCUGAACUGGUGUGUGCAGAUUGCCAAGGGCAUGAGCUACCUGGAGGACGUGCGGCUUGUGCACAGGGACCUGGCUGCCCGGAACGUGCUGGUUAAGAGCCCCAACCAUGUCAAGAUUACAGACUUUGGGUUGGCAAGACUGCUGGACAUCGAUGAGACUGAGUACCAUGCAGAUGGGGGCAAGGUGCCCAUCAAGUGGAUGGCUUUAGAGUCCAUUCUGCGCAGACGGUUCACCCACCAGAGUGACGUGUGGAGCUAUGGUGUCACUGUGUGGGAACUGAUGACUUUCGGGGCCAAACCUUAUGAUGGGAUCCCAGCGCGGGAAAUCCCUGACCUGUUGGAGAAGGGGGAGCGUCUUCCCCAGCCCCCCAUCUGCACCAUUGAUGUCUACAUGAUCAUGGUCAAAUGUUGGAUGAUUGACUCUGAGUGUCGUCCGAGAUUCCGCGAGUUGGUGGCUGAAUUCUCCCGCAUGGCCAGGGACCCUCAGCGCUUUGUGGUUAUCCAGAAUGAGGACUUGGGCCCGGCCAGCCCCUUGGACAGCACCUUCUACCGCUCACUCCUGGAGGAUGAUGACAUGGGGGACCUGGUAGAUGCUGAAGAAUACCUAGUACCCCAGCAGGGCUUCUUUUGCCUGGAUCCUGCUCCAGGUGCUGGGGGCACAGCCCACCGCAGGCACCGCAGCUCAUCCACUCGGAGUGGCGGCGGCGAGCUGACUCUAGGGCUGGAGCCCUCCGAGGACAAUCCCCCCAGGUCACCACUGGCACCCUCCGAAGGGGCUGGUUCUGAUGUGUUUGAUGGCGACCUGGUAAUGGGAACGGCCAAGGGGCUGCAGAGCCUCCCCCUACAUGACCCCAGCCCUCUACAGCGGUACAGCGAGGACCCCACAGUUACGCUGUCAUCUGAGACUGAUGGCUACGUUCCCCCACUGACCUGCAGCCCCCAGCCUGAAUACGUGAACCAGCCGGAGGUCCGACCACAGCCCCCUUCACCUCUAGAGGUCUCUCUGCCACCUUCCCGGCCUGCUGGUGCCACUCUGGAAAGGCCCAAGACUCUCUCCCCCAAGGCUCUCUCUCCUGGGAAGAAUGGGGUUGUCAAAGACAUUUUUGCUUUUGGAGGUGCUGUGGAGAACCCUGAGUACCUGGCACCCCGAGGCGGGGCUGCUGCUCCAUCCCAUCCUCCCCCUACCUUCAGCCCUGCCUUUGACAACCUCUAUUACUGGGACCAGGACCCAUCUGAGCGGAGCUCUCCACCUAGCACCUUUGAAGGGACCCCGACGGCAGAGAACCCCGAGUACCUGGGCCUGGAUGUGCCAGUGUGA